ACGUCUAUUGUUAGUUUCGGAAUUUGUCUCUGGCCUGUGGCUUCGCUCUUGGAUCGCAUCGUCAUCGAGUUGGAGUAAAGCGGUACCAAGGUAUGGGUAGGACUCACUCGAGUGUGUAGUAGGAUAAGCAACGCGUGAUUCAUCAAGACGUUCCCACGAUUGCUGUGAUUUUUUUAUUUCUAAUUAACGCGAAACAGAAACAGGUGUAUCCAUAUUUGACAGUAUUAUGACUUGUGACGUUUAAAUAUCACAAGUUUACAUUUAUUCCAAGUGAUAUUUAUUGUGUAUGUUAAAUGUAUCCUCUAUGAAGGUAAAAUGUGUCAAAGCUGACAGUAUGGCGACGUGUAUUCAUUGAUACGUCAGAUGUCAACGGAUAAAUUUAUAUAAUGGAGGCGUAAAGCGAUUAAAAAUAUAUUUAAAUACGUACAUCUGUUGUAUACAUAUAAAUAUAUAUAGACAUAUAUUUGUGUAUAUAAUAAAUAGUGAAAUAAUAGAAUGGUAAGCUCUCACUUCUUGACGGAGCCGUAUUCAGUGUCGAAUGCUUACGAGAGAAACGAAGAGACCAGCGACAACCAGUCGACGUCAGUGAUUAUUUCAAAGAGUAAAACGAACACGGCUGUAAACAGGAAUGAUAAAGAAGAGAGCGAUCCUGUUGCUCUGGGACCGGAAAAGACACCGGUGAGUAAUUUGGAGCUCGGGAGCCUGGCAGGAUGCAUCAGAAGUCAAAGUGGUCCACCGUCACUUUCGAUAUCAUUCGAGGACCAGGAUUUGUCGUCCUCUUCCGCAAAAACUCGUUCACAAAAUUCUCCAAGCAUUACGACUGGUUCAUCUAACUUUAAGCAGCAAGACUAUGGUGAGGAGAACUACGAAGGGUUUGGUUAUGGCCGCGACGUUGAACUUGACGUUGAAGUAGAGUCUCCUGGUGAAGGAAACAGUUCUGCGCCAUCACCUACUACUGGUCUUCAUUCUCUUGGGAAAACAAGUACUGCUAGUCCUUGUUCAACACUUGGUAGACACACGUGGUUACGAACGUCCUUGAGACGAACUCCACCCGGUAGUGCGAGACCAACAAGACAACUUGGAUCAAAUGCACUAGCGAGUCAACUUUAUAGAAGUGGAAGUUUUAAUAGUUCAGGUAGGGGGUCAACUUGCGACGCUACCGACGAUAUGUACAGUGACGUCUCCUUGGAGGAUGAUGUGAUAGACUUAAAUCACCGAGUAAAAUUGAUCCAAGAACGAAUGGACGCUCUAGUGGAUACUCAAUCAGUCAGUGGCGAGCGUUACGCGAGAGUUAAGCAGGAAAAUGCGACAUUGCAAGCGCGGAUUAUUAUGCUAGAGGAAGCGGCGAAAGACGCCGAAGCGAGGGCGGAGGAGAAGCUGCAGAGCGAGCAGCGACGGCAUCGAGAGUGGGUGGCUCGAUUGGAGCGAGAAAAAGAGCUCCAGCUGGAAAACUCCGCGAUGAAAGUCCAAGCGAUCGAGGUUGAGCGCUCGAGCCUGAGGGAGCAGAUUGUGCGGCUAAGGGAGCAGUUGGACGCCGCCAAAGAGGAACGGGUCAGGUUGGAGAAUUUAUUGGACGAAGCUAACUCUAAUAUGGCUACUGCGCGUGAAAAUGAACGACAGGCUGUACUGCGUGCCAACGAAACUCGUCUACUUCUCGACGCUGCCAAAGAAGAACUAGCCAAUCGUGAUAAGGACCGGCUGAGGAUUGAAGACCUCUUGCUGGAGGUCGCCAGACUUGGAGCGAGUAAUAAGAACUUGCAGGAGUCUCAAGAUGAAUUGCAAGCUGCUAUCGCUGUUCAUGCCGGUCGAGAACUUUUGAUGCUUAAUUCUAAUAGUUUGUAUGAAGACUUUGAUAAAAAUCCUCAGAGUUUAGCUGCUGAGUUGUCGGCUAAUCAAAAUCGAGACCAGUUGGAUGGUCAUGAAAAUGGUACAGUUGAAGAAAAACCCCGCACAAUGGCUGAAGUUUUACAGGCUUUAAAAGAGCAAAAAGAAGUAAAUGCACAAUUACGGUCAUACAUCGAUGGUAUACUAUUAAACAUCGUUGAAAAUAAUCCACAAUUACUGGAAGUUAAGAAGCAUUGACAACUUAUUUAACGAUAGUUAUAAUUAUAAAUUUAUAUAGUUAUAAAUUUAUUUUAGCUGAUUAUUUACUAGGAUAGACGUAAUUUGUUAUUAGAUUUUUUUAAGUAUAUAAUUAACUUAAAAAAUAAUAUCAAUCCGUCCGUGCAUUGAAUAACAGCAAUGUUAUUGUCUAAUUAAUGCAAUAAUUAUUAAUGAUAUUAA